AUGGCCUCCAAACCCGCCCACCUUGAGCCUUCCAAGCUCGGCACAAAAGAAUACUGGUCCACUCUUUACACCACCGAACUCACAAACAACGCCUCCAACCCCGACGACCGCGGCACCGUCUGGUUCGACGAUUCGGACGCCGAGUCCAAGCUCCUGACCUACCUCGAGGACCUUACCGAGUCCGCCCCCUUCGACCACUCCCUCCGCCAGUCCGACGCCUCGUUCCUGGAUCUUGGCUGCGGCAACGGCUCCCUCCUCUUCGCCCUCCGCGAUGAAGGGUGGGCCGGCCGCGCCCUCGGCGUUGACUACGCCCCGCAGAGCGUCGAGCUCGCGAGGCGCAUCGCCGCCCAGAGGCAAGCCUCUUCUUCUUCCUCCCCCAACAAGGAUGAUGAGGACAUGGCGGACGCCGGCAACGAAGAGGAGGACGACGAGGAGGCUAAGGAGCCCGAGUUCCAAGAAUGGGAUGUCCUCAACGGCCCCUGGGAGACGGUCCUCAACGGCGCGCAGGCCCAAGGCUGGGACGUCGUCCUCGACAAGGGCACCUUUGACGCCAUCUGCCUCAGCGACGAAAAGGACGCCCAGGGCCGGCGCAUCUGCGAGGGCUACCGCGGCCGCGCGCUCCGCCUCGUCAGGCCCGGCGGCCUGCUCCUCAUCACGAGCUGCAACUGGACCGAGGAGGAGCUGAGGGCGUGGUUCGAGGGCCCCGCCAACGAGGGCGACGCCGGCCGCUUCGUCGCCGUCGGCAAGGUGGACUAUCCCAGCUUCACAUUUGGCGGCGCCAAGGGUCAGACUAUUAGCAGCCUGUGCUUCCAGAGACAGGCAUAG